AUGUCGUCGCAGUGCCCCUACUGCCGCGCGUCGGGGCCGGCGCGGUGCGCGACGACGCAGCCGCCGCUCUCGCGCGCCGUGUCCGAGUGCUCCGCCUGCGCCCGCAUCGUCGUCGAGCGCCACCUCCACACGCACCCCUUCUUCCCCCUCCUCCCCUUACUCCAUCCGCUUCCCCUAGUCACCCCCGACCUCGCCACCGCCGUCGAUCCCGCUCCCGCCCCCUCCCCCGGAGACGAAGAUGACGAGGACCCCUUCCUCCCCGCGGGCUUCGUCUCCGCCUUCUCGGCUUUCUCCCUCGAGCGCCACCCCGUCCUCGCCCGCUCCGCCUCCACCUUCUCCGGCCUCCUCGCCGAGCUCGAGCGCGCGCUCGCCGUCGACUCCGCCGCCGCGGCCUCCAAUCCGGACCCCGCCGGGCCCAUGGUCUCCGUCGAGAACCUCCGCGCCUACCUCCAGAUCGUCGACGUCGCCUCCAUACUCAAGCUCGACAGGGACAUAGCCGACCACGCUUUCGAGCUCUUCAAGGAUUGCUCGUCCGCGACCUGCCUCAGGAAUCGGAGCGUCGAGGCGCUCGCGACCGCAGCGCUCGUUCAGGCUAUCCGCGAGGCGCAGCAGCCUCGGACGCUGCAGGAAAUCUCUACUGCUAGCAAUCUACCUCAAAAAGAGAUAGGAAAAUACAUCAAAAUACUCGGCGAAUCUCUGAAACUGAGUCAACCACUUAACAGCAACUCAAUAGCUGUCCAUAUGCCCCGAUUUUGCAGUUUGCUCCAGCUGAAUAAAUCUGCUCAGGAACUUGCAGCUCAUAUUGGUGAGGUGGUUGUUAAUAAGUGCUUCUGCACACGGCGGAAUCCCAUAAGUAUAUCUGCUGCUGCUAUCUACCUUGCAUGUCAGCUUGAAGACAAACGCAAAACUCAGGCAGAGAUCUGUAAGGUUACGGGCCUCACAGAGGUCACACUACGCAAAGUGUACAAAGAACUGUUGGAGAAUUGGGAUGAUUUGCUCCCCCCUGACUAUACACCUGCCACACCACCAGAGAAAGCUUUCCCCAUGACCAACAUUUACUCAGGGCGCUCAGCAAGUGGCAAGGAUCUGUAUCAGGAUAAGAUAUUCGAGAGUAUUAAGCAAAAAUGCCCUGAGCCUGCAGAGCCUGACCACAUGGUCAUCGUGAAAGAAGAGGAAGACAAGAAAACAAUUGCUCUUGGUCGUCCACCUACAAAACCUGAGGCUCAUGAGUUAGGCAAGGUGUUCCGGCCACCAAAUGCCCCUUUCUCAACAUCUCCUAAAUCUGAUCGUGACAAAACUGAAACUAGCGUUCGUGGGUUCAACCUUAAUGAGGUAUCAUGUGCGAUGGAUUCUGAUAGAACAGACAUCACAGUGAAGCCAACUUUCGGUGAUCGAUUGUCGAAUGAAUCGAAUGCGAUUCCAUCUCCCAACAGGCAGCCUUUACCGUGGCAGCUUAAGCAGGGGGCGCCUGCAACUGGUCCAUCAUAUUCAAGGCUUCGCGAGCAGCAGUCGGGCCUGGAUCUUGUAGCUGCUCUGAAGGGAAUUGGGAAAAGGAGUGCUGGGGAUGGUGGUGAUGGCCGGGAUAGAGAAGGGAAGUGA